GUACUGCUAUUAAGCACUCUCCCCUUCUCUCCCGUUUAUUUUCAGUGUCCUUUUUUUUCUCUCUUUUACAUCUACCGUCGCGCCUCCAUCCUUCCAAAAUUUUCAUUGCCUGUCCCUUUCAAUCUCUCUCAUCAUUUCCUCUCUCUGGCACCAACUUGCGCCGAAGACAGUUACUCUCUCGUUCUCUAGUUGCAUCAGCAGCAAAAAGCACAGGCUCGUAACAUGUCGCCGGGGGCGUCGUUCCAAAUGUUGAGAAGAUCAGUCUCCUCCUCCUCCUAUGAGCUUAUUGCUUUCUUCUUCUUUACUCUUUUUUGCUUGGCUUCGUUUUCACUCGCUCAGCAACAACAACUCAUUGAGUCGGAUCGCUUAGACGACGACUCGAACGCCACCGUCUCUAAUGCCUCCUCUAUAACUAAACCGAAGGACGGCACCUUUGCCGCCAUCAUCGAUCGAGCUCUGGAGAAGGAGUUCACCGAGAACGAACAAAACGAGGUAAAUGAUGAUGCCGGAAGUUUCAACAACAGUGUAGCAGAACAGCAGGCUGUUUUGGAAACUGUAGCCAGGGUUAAGACGAAGAAAAAUGAUACAAAAGAGGAAAAAUCAUUUCAACUUCAUGAUGUUUUCAAUCUAGAGAAUGAUAACAGAGCAGAAGAUACACCUAUGUUGAUCGAUCGAAAGGACAAUGUCUUCAUUAUAUCUAAUUUUAAAUCAAAAUUUCCAGUCUUACAGCUUGACUUAAGACUGAUAUCAGAUUUGGUAGUUGUCAUCGUGUCUGCAACUUGCGGUGGCAUUGCAUUUGCUUGUGCUGGACAACCGGUGAUUACUGGAUAUUUGUUGGCAGGAUCACUCAUUGGACCUGGGGGUUUUAGCUUUGUCAGUGAAAUGGUGCAAGUUGAAACAGUAGCUCAAUUUGGUGUGAUUUUUCUUCUUUUUGCAUUGGGCCUAGAGUUCUCCAUUGCAAAGCUUCGAGUUGUACGAGCAGUUGCUGUCCUAGGAGGGCUACUCCAGAUAAUUCUAUUUAUGUGCCUCUGUGGAAUUUCAGCUUCAUUAUGUGGUGGUAGACUUUCAGAGGGUGUAUUUGUUGGUGUAUUCCUUUCAAUGUCUUCAACCGCUGUGGUGCUUAAAUUUUUGAUGGAGAAGAAUUCUACCAAUAUGCUUCAUGGCCAAGUCACCAUUGGCACACUUAUUCUGCAGGAUUGUGCUGUGGGAUUGCUAUUUGCGUUGCUUCCAGUUCUUGGUGGAACUUCUGGUGUUUUUCAAGGAGUAAUAUCGAUGACUAAACUGUUGGUCAUGUUGCUUGCAUUUUUGGCUGUUUUGUCAAUAUUGUCCCGUACCUGCCUUCCUUGGUUGCUUAAACUGAUGAUAAGCCUUUCAUCACAGACCAAUGAACUUUAUCAACUGGCAUCCGUGGCAUUCUGCUUACUUGUUGCCUGGUGUAGUGACAAGCUGGGGCUCAGCUUAGAAUUGGGUUCAUUUGCUGCUGGAGUGAUGAUAUCAACAACCGAUCUGGCCCAACAUACACUUGAACAAAUUGAACCCAUUCGCAAUUUUUUCGCUGCUCUCUUCCUUGCCAGUAUUGGGAUGCUGAUCCAUGUUCAUUUUCUCUGGAACCACGUUGAUAUCUUACUUGCAUCUGUUAUAUUGGUUAUCACCAUAAAAACAAUAAUAAUUGCCUUGGUUGUCAAGGGUUUUGGCUACAACAACAAGACUUCAUUGCUUGUUGGAAUGUCUCUGGCACAGAUAGGAGAAUUUGCAUUUGUUCUUCUCAGCCGUGCUUCUAAUCUCCAUCUCGUCGAGGGGAAACUGUACCUGCUACUUCUUGGGACAACAGCACUUAGCCUGGUGACAACUCCUCUGCUGUUCAAGCUAAUACCUGCCAUACUGCAUCUUGGGGUGCUCUUACGAUGGUUCUCCCCGGAGAGAGAAAGUUCCAUUGAGGUUGGAAUUAAAGCAGAUAGCCUCCGUUCUGACAGUGGAAAGCAUCGCAUUAUUUUGAUGGCCCAAGAAUCUCAUGAUUCGUAAUUAUACCAUGUAAACUAACAGGGAAGAAAAAUCUCUAUUACCUGACAGGCAUUUUUCAACCUUGUCAGCUUUUGCCACAGCGCAGAUGAAAACUACUGAAUGAUCUCUUGAACAGAGCUCGUCCAGAAUUGUUUCUGAUUAUUUUUGGCCUACUACAUAGAUCGACAACUUGAUUUGAGCCGCCUCAAAAAGCAACGGGGAUGAGGUAACCUAACCACUGAAAAGAACUAACAGAUGAAGCAAUAUGCCUUGUAAUAAUUCUUCACAGCCAUUUGAAUUGUUUGUUUUUAAUGUAAUCAUAGUUGCGGGUGUUUAAUUAGACAUUUAUUGUAAUUGAUAUUUCUCAUACUAUUUUUUUUUUUAUUUUUUGAAUCUACGUUUUGGGAUUUUAAAUGUAUCAUACAAUAUAGUUGGAUGUAAGUUUCUCACAUUGAGCACAAAGCCAUCUGGAACUCUAGCUCUGUAUCAACUGAUUAUUUAUUCCCCAAUGAAAAGUCCAAUGUUAUUUUGGUUGUAACACGAA